AUGGCUUCGCCGUUCUCUCAAGGCAGGAGGAGGUCCUUCAGCGAUGUGAAUGACACGCUGCAGGUGCUGCACAGUCGUUUUGCCCGAGCUGGCAGUCCCGCAUCACAAGCCACGACCGCAACGACGACAGGCGCCUCAACGACACAGCCCCGCGCUGGAGGCGAUGAGCGAGAUUUCCCGGCUUCCUUCCACGCUGGUUACUUGGGGUAUCGGGAGCCUGCUCGGUCCUUUGUCCAGGGCCGGAGCACCGGAGAGGAAUAUGUUCCCGUUGACACUGCAUACCUCGCGCAGAGCGUCCGUGAGGACACCGCCGAGCUGGCAUCCUACGCCCUCUCGGAUAGGAAGACUGAUCAGCCCUUGGCGUUAACUCUGCAGAGAUCGCGCUCGCCCGCAGGACCUUCGCGUUCACCCUCGCUGGAGGCUGAGCGAGACCCCGCCUUUCAGUCCCCCGAGGCUCGUGGCGCUACCAGCCCGCAAGAUGGACCAUCUAUGUUGACCACCUUAUUGAGAGGCUCACCUCAAGAGCAUCACGUGCCCGACCAGCCGCACGACGAGUCUCACCCUAGCGGUACGGAGGUUGAUGAGGACAGCCAUGGCUUCGAAGGUGAUGAGGCUGAGGACCUUAUGGCAGAUGAGUGGGAUGCGAGUAAUGGCGCAAGGAAAUGGGACCCUACGGCUAUCUGGCAGGCUACCGUAAUCGAAGUGGUUCCGUUCUUUCACAACAUGGCAGAGACCAUCACUUUGAGGGUUGGAAAGGAAAAUCCCGAUGCGGUGAUUGCCACAACGAUCGUAUCCUACGCCGCGAGUUCCAUGUUGACGGGCAUAGUAUUCUAUCUCAUGGGCAAAUUCAAGUUUGGCUACAUGGUCGGCUUCAUACCGAGGCACAUCCUCAUCGGCUGCAUCGGAGGAGUCGGCUUUUUCUUAGUCGUAACGGGCUUUGAGGUGUCGUCUCGUUUAGAAGGCAAAAUCGAGUAUGACCUAGAAACCUGGAAACGCCUCACGCAGCCCGAAACCCUGCCUCUCUGGAUAAUCCCCUUGGUACUCGCCGUCAUCUUGUUCUACGGCCAGUCCCGGGCUGUAUCCAAGUACUUCCUCCCGUUCUACAUCAUCGCUAUUCCUGCGCUAUUUUACCUGUGCAUUACAGUCCUUAACGGCGUGAAACUGGACGAUCUUCGGGACGCCGGUUGGAUAUUCGAGGGACCUCCACCUGGAGAGCCGUGGUGGUACUUUUACACCCUCUACAUCCACUGGGGCGCCGUUGUACAGACUAUCCCAGCCAUGUUUGCGCUUACCUUCUUCGGCGUCUUGCACGUCCCCAUCAACGUGCCUGCCCUGUCUCUCAAUACCGGAGAAGAUCAUGCCGAUCUAGAUCGAGAACUUAGGCUGCAUGGCUACUCAAACUUCCUCUCGGGCUGUGCUGGCAGCAUUCAGAACUAUCUCGUUUAUGCAAACACCAUGUUUUUCAUGCGAUCGGGAGGGGACGCGCGACUAGCCGGAGUCAUGCUCGCAGGCUUCACGUUUCUAGUCAUGACUGUGGGGCCUUCAACAAUACACUACAUCCCAGUCAUGAUGGUUGGAACGCUUAUUUUCGAUCUUGGCUUUGAACUUCUUUUCGAGGCGGUGUGGCUGCCCCGGAAGAAACUCAAGGCCGGAGAGUACCUCACGGUUAUUGCCAUUGUCCUCAUCAUGGGCAUCCAUGAUUUUGUUGUGGGUAUUGGGGUGGGUAUCUUACUUGCCUUUGUCACCCUUGUCGUGCAGACCGCAGGGAUCCCGGCGGUAAGAGCUGCCUACUCGGGCGAGGUUGUUACUUCCACUGUCAGGCGUAACCCUUCGCAGAGUCACUACCUGAAAGAUGCCGGACGCCAAGUUUUCAUCGUCAAGCUCACGGGAUAUCUUUUCUUCGGCACGAUUGUCAGCGUGGAAGAGAAGGUCAGAAAUCUCAUUGAUGAUAGGACGUUCUCAGAGCGGCCUAUCCGGUUCCUCGUUAUUGACCUAUGGCAUGUCACGGGAUUGGACUACUCGGCCGGCGAGGCGUUUAACACGAUCAGCCGGAUUCUCGACAAGAAGGGAGUUGUCCUUAUAUUGAGCGGAGUAGAGGGCGAGAGCAAGCUGGGCAGGAAUCUCAGAGCGGUUGGAGUAGGCCGAGACGGGAUCGAGGUGGUGAUGCUUCCGGACCUCAAUUCGGCCCUCGAGAGCUGCGAGAAUGAGCUGUUGAAGACGUACUACGCCAGCCAGGAAGCCCGCAGGAGCGCUGCACCUCGCCGCGGGCCGUCUGCGAACCUCGAGGUACCGGUUGUAUCUCCUCCGGAGGCAGUUGCGUCCUUGAUGACGGGCCCUGCCCUAUCAGCUUCGCCUCGCGGCGCACUUCUUCGCGAAGCCGCGCAUAAAGCACUCGAGGAAGCGGACAUGGCGGGACCGGCGAAGUGGCAAGGAUUCAAGGAGCCCCUCCGGCUGAUGCUACAGAUAUUCCAGGGACUGAGCGAGAAGAACGAAGACUUUUGGUUCAGAGCCACGCCGUACUUUGCCAAGCUAGAAUACCCCCCGGAGACGGUCCUCUUCGAGCGCGACGAGCCUGCGCGUGGGUUCUAUCUCGUGGAGAGAGGAAUACUGAGGGCCGAAUACCACUUACCGCAGGGGUGGCUCUGCGAGAGCAUCGUAGCAGGAGCAACGUGUGGUGACCUGCCUUUCUUCUCGGAAACGAGACGCACGGCAACAGUGACGGUGGAGAGGGCGAGUACGCUAUGGUACAUGGAUGCCGAGAGGUGGGGGAAGAUGCAGAAAGAGGAGCCAGACGUGGCGUGGGAGCUCCAGCGCAUGGCUCUGAAGCUCACCAGCCAGCACAUGACCCUUGUGACAUCUUACAUCCUAACCAUGGCUGGAUAA